AUGCGCUACUCAUUCACCCUCACGGCCCUGAGCCUCCUCUCAUCUGCCUUUGCCAUCACCGUCACCGCUCCAUCAUCAGACACGGUGUGGGAUUUCUCCACUCCCAAAACAAUCAAAUUUACUAGCGAUCCUAGUGAUCCUCCAGUAAUCAGCAUCAUCCUUCGAACUCAGGAUGGUUCUUUCCAGACCAAACUAGCGGACAACGUCAAGACCUCUGACGGCGAAUACACGACCCAGCCCAACCCUAGCAUUUCCAACGGAAAUGACUACGAGAUCCAGAUAAUUGAUUCUGCGGGCCAGCUCGCCGUCAGUGCUAUUUUUACUGCCGAGAAGGGCGCUUCAGAUGAUGGUACCGCAUCCUCGUCUUCUUCCAACACUUCUUCUUCCACGUCUUCUUUCACCACCUCCUCCUUCUCCUCCUCCACUUCUUCCGCGACAACUAUUGCGACCACUUCUACAUCCGUUAUCUCUAUCCUUAUAUCCUCGGCAUCUCCAGCACCCACAUCGUCAACUAGUCCUUUGUCUUCCUCAGGCAAGAUGCAACUUCGCAUAAUGUUAGGUGACCAUACUAAUACAUCUUUUUUCAUCGCAGGCUCCACUACCUCCACCUCCACCUCCUCUUCUUCUUCUUCGACCUCUUUUUCAACCUCGUCUUCCACGGCCACUUCAUCCAAUGCUUCCGAUACUUCAUCCACCAGUCCCUCCGUCUCCGCUCUACCCUCAACUGGUGCUGCAUCGUCUCUGUUCGGCGCUCCCAAGGAAGCCAUGGCUUUACUUGGUGCUACUUUCGCGCUCUUCUACGUCUAG